CUUCUAUCCCAUCCUUCCCACCUUUUUUGUUAACCACUGUAAACAAUUAACCAAGGUUCUACGCAUAACAGUAGUAGCAAUUGUGUGUAGCACCAAAAAUUACCAGUGCGGGACACGUUAGCGGCACAAUAGUUUACUGGCGUUACAUAGCAACUACGGAGCGGACAUGUAACUGGCUGUUAUUUUUAUAGUGUACCCUCCCUUUACUUCUGUGCAUUAGAGUCAAGAAUAUCCUGCAAAAUGUUAUAUCUAAGAUAACAUCUUAAUUUUUCUAUUACAAAAUCAAUUUUUAUAUAUUAUUUAAGUUAUUCUUUGUAAAUUUAAUGUUUUAAGUGUAAAUUAUUGCUGUAUUUUGGAACGUAUUUCUGUCCGGUGAGGGAGGCGGAAAAAUACGAGAGAUCACAAUACACAGACAGGGAAUAGACCCUCUACCACUGCGGUGUGUAAGCAAGCGUGAAAAAUCAUUACCCCUAUCUCGUCAAGAAAAAUCCUAGGCCACCCGUUGUGUACAAAUACAAGUGGGAGAACGCUGUGUAAUUCAUCCCUAAAUUUCCGACAAUUUUUAUUUGGAGUUAGCAGGAAUAUACAGGACUUAGGAAGGAAUCUUUGAUUCUCACUCUCGUUAUUUCUUCAAGAUCGAGUAGUACCGAAAACGUAGAAAAUCGCUUCAAAGUUGAGAGUGGAGUGAAGGGAUUUUUGGUCCGUGUGCCAAGUUGGACUCUUGGAGCUUGAAGACGUCUUCUGAAAUUUGUUGCGAUGUAUUGAAACAUGCACUUUGUUUCAUGUUUCAAAGGAUGAAAAUGUAAUGUAUUAUAUUGGAAGAAAUAUAAUUGUCAAGAAUUAAUGGUUUUCGCGAAAACAAUGCCUGUAAAGGGGCACUAUGGCCAGUCGAAAACCGCUCCUGUCAAAUCGCAUGAAGCCGUCAACGACAUUUACCGCACCGCCGCGGCGGGCGGAUACUUCCCCGGAGUUCUGGCGGUUAAAGAGGAUGGCGUCCUGCAAACCAAGCCAUUGCCGCUGAAGUCGCAUCAAGGUCUUCAAAUUCUUGCUCGAUCAAGUAGCCACUAUAAUUGUGCCUCGCCAUCAAGAGAGGAUGUUUUUCUUGAUAACUAUGCACGAAGGACAAAACAGCUGAAUGAACAAGGUUAUAAUUCUGUAAAUUAUAAACCCUAUCAACUUUUAGGAGGGCCGGUAGUUUUGGACGAAAAGCAGCUAAUUCUCUCUGCGCUUGGUCAAAGUAAACGGGAUAACUAUUCAGCAUCUGAGUCAAAGGGGGUAUCCAGUGAGAAGCAGGAUGAAGGGAAAAAAGAUGGGAAAGGUGGAAACGGGGAGGAGGAGAGCGCGGAUGCAGUCAAACCAUAUAAAUUUGUUGUCAGGCGGAACAGCAAGAACCAUAAAUCACUUCAUAAGGAAGUUUCUACUGGCAGAGUAAUGGUGAAAUGGGCUAAGCUCGGACAUGGGGUCUUUACAAUGAUCAGAGAACAAGAAGAGCUGAGGGUGAAUGCAGAACAUAAUGAAAGAAGAAGAAAAGAAGAACAAAGGAAGAAGGAAUGGCAACCAGCUGUUGUGGAAGUAUCAGACGAAGGAGAGACAGAUGAAGAGUUAGAAAAGGAAGAAAGUCUUAGUGUUUAUAUGAAUCAAGGUGCAGAGAGCAGAAAGGAGGUGUCUUUUGCAUUUGACGCAGCUAGUACUGUCCCGGACAACCAAACAGAGCAGGGGGAUACAACUCGCCUCUCUACCACCGCCAUGAUGACCACUGCCAUGGCAACGACACCAUCUAAAUCCAUCCUGAGUGGGGCAUCGUCACCCACCAAGAGGAGGCGGAAUAAGAGACUGGUGGAACCGCCACGCCCCUACACUCCCUGCCAUACAAACAUCAAUAUCGAUCCAGACGGGGAUGAAACGGACAAGAAAGCCAUAUUUCGUCAGAUGUGUGCAGUGAAUUGGAUCUUAGAAGCAAUGAUGAUAGAGCCACCUGCAGCUAUGGAGCCCAUCAGUAAAUGCUGGAAAAUUAAAUAUAGGGAUAUGGAGAACCGAUCGUAUUGUAAAACUACUGUCCAGAGAUUAAGAAAAGAGAAGGCUUUAGACACAAGAUGGAAUGCUUUCAUAUCGGCCGAGGGUGCUGGUCAUCUGGCUGGCUUGCCUAGUUUAUUGCAGAAAUCACGUUCCCCAGCAAGAGGCUUGCUUUCCACUCAAAAUUCAGGUUUCUCACGGACGUUGCGUCGUCUCUCCGCAAACAGUACGGCUAACAGAGCGGCAUCAGCGAUGGGUCAAAGUUCAGUUGACCAAAGUCCUCUCUCGCCAAAGGCUGAAGAUACGGCGAGUUCAUUCCUAGAGGCUGCAGAUAAAUUGGCUGAAAUUCCCGACAGUGUUUCAAUACAGGGAGGGGAAACUCCUGGGAAGUUACACAGAUCGCCAUCUGUGUUGAGUGAAAGAACAGCAACCCCUUCAUCAAAGAGAAGUGGAUCAGUUGUCAAUAAGUUAUCUAAACAAGACCUAGAGGAGAAAGACAAGCAGGAAAGACCAAGGGAGAGACAGGUUAGCACAUGGGUUGCUUCUACUAAUAGGAAACUACAUAGAUCACAAAGUGCUCCAAUAAGAAACCAAGAAUUCAAGCCCAUCUUUCCAAGCCGGAAGCAUCUUUAUCUAGCCAAGGAACUCCGAACCCAGUUUGCUGAUGUCACUGAAGAUCAAGCCCUCAUGCUUCAUGACAAGCUAGAAGCUAUGGAAAAGAAACGACUUGAAAGGAGUGAGAAUAAGUUCCAGUCAAUCCGUACCAAUGUCCACAUCAGCUCUCAACUGGCCCUGCUCAAAGAGGCCGGACAGGAUAAAGAUGAGCUUCUCGCGGAAGAAAAUAAACGAAAGAAAAAACUGGAAGAUGAAAGCAAAUGGUAUCAAGAGUUGGUGCGGAACCUUCCUGCAGACAUCAACAACGACAGACCUUGCAUGGCCAUCUUGGACAAGCUUCAGAGUCUUGGAAAGAUUGAGAGUAGGAAGGCCACACCACAGAAGUUCCUCAAUGUUUUAGCUGGUCUGAGGCAUUGGGAGAUCUGCUCACCGGACAUCAGUGCUGCUAUAGAGUUUGUUCGAGAGAAGGUUGUCGGGAUGGCAGUAGAGGAGUUUGAGGCAUGGUACCAAGCAGAAAUGCCCAACAUUGCAAGAUCCAAGAGUGCACCACCGGCUACCACAUCAUGAUCCCAUAGUCGAUAGAGGGGUAAAGAUUUGCCCCCCAUUUAGGAGCAGAUCAAUUCUGAGUAUUUAGUUUGUACUCUUGGGAUUUGGUAUGGAAUCAGGAUUUCUUGGGUUGUAACACUUCAUGGUUUAUUUUGAAGGUAGUUUGCUCUGAGGCCCAUAACUUUGUCGUCGUGCUGAUGUAUUCAGAGCUAUAUAAAGCAUAUUAUUAUUGUUAUUAGUAUUUAUUAUCAUAACUUUAAAGCUUUUUAUAGCGAGAUCUUAAAGUUUAUUUUUGUGCUUGAUUGCACAUAAUAAUCAAUGUAAAUCAGCUCUAUGAUCAAUUACAAAGUUUUAUGUAACAGGCCCCAUGAAAUUUGUUGACAAGACUUGAUAGAUAACAGACAAGAACACGAAGCCAACUUGGCAUUAACAUACAACAUAUAUGGUCACCAGGGGUCCAUUUCAUAAAGAGUUACAAUUAUUGUAACUUGGCCAUUAUGGCAACUACCAAAGUAAUCAGGUUCAGCACUCAAUCACAAUCAAGGUUUCCAUGGUAGUUACAAUAAUAGCAAAUAUCCAAAAGUUGUGUCUUAUGAAACAGACACCAGGGUAGGCCAAUCCAUUUAGCGGUUGAUGGCUAAUCUUUGUGUUAUGGAGCCCUGAUUUAUUCAACAAGCCGGCUUACCCUCUAGCAUUGUCUGCAGGUUUCGCUAUUUUCAACUAGUACUUUAGGGGAUCCUGUGUCAUUGAUUUGAUCAACCCAACCAACCAAUCGAUAGUAUUUAGACAGAGAUGUAUGAACAGUAGUUCUCAGUAUUUUCCUAGCUUCCAAUAGAAUUAGUAGCAAAAUUAGAUUUAUGAAAAUAGAAUUUUAGUUAUUUUGAAUGCAUUGUUACAAACAGAGAGUAUUAAAUAAUGAAAAAUUCCUUUUUUUAAUCAAAUACCUUCAUAAGUUUUUUCUAGUCAUUAAAAAAAAAAGAUUACUGUAGUUUUUCUACUGUGCAAUGAUUAAUGCGAGGACCAAUAAGUUGUUUUAAGGUCUCGUUAUGUGUCAGAAUUCAGUAUGUGUGCGCAUGUACAUGUAUAUGUGAUAUAUGUAGUGUCAAGUUCAUUAGUUCAACGAUGAUGUUGAUCAUUGAUGUUAAUUUGUACUUCCUAAUUCUUAGAUAAGUAAUUAUACUUGUAUGAAAUAAUGUUAUAUACAAUCUGCAAAUGUAAAGUGGAUGAAUAAUUUCCCUUUCUUAUUCAAUUUACUUAAGAAUACAGAAUAAAGAAAUGAUUAGAGUAUUAUGUUAUGCAACUGAAAAUCAGAACCUGAAAUGUGCUAAUUUUAAAGUAAUUGUGCAGCAAUGCGAAUUGCAAUCAAACUUUAACUUGCAACCUAUACAGUAGAAGUAAAUAGAGCAUCUUUGUAAUUUUAUAACACAAGAUAUUGCUCUUAAAUAACUCAACAUAUGUUCCAUAUACUAGUUAAAUGUGAUAUUUUGAACACAGUUAUUUUCCAGAGAUAUCUUGAUAAAUACUCGUGCUGAAUCUUUUUACAGGGUAUCUUACUUGUAGUUAAUGUAUAAAAAUCAUAUUUUAGUACUUUUGUUCUAUCUAAAGCAACAAGAAUGAUCCUUUCAAAAGAAUAAUUAAUUUGUUGGGUGAUAAAGUAAUAAGAUAUUCAUUUUUCUCCAACAAUACCACAUGGAUAACACAGCAACUGCUGUGUGAAGAAUGUUCCUUUUAUGUUGUUUUUAUAACUAGAUGCAAGAAAGGGUUAUAGUGUCCAAUAUUUUCAUGUUUCUUUUCCAUCAAAGUUUGUUUAAAGGAAAGUAGUUUUGUCACCUUAUGUGAUAGUUCCUAUGUUCCUAUUUAAGUAUCUCAAUUUAAAAACAUGUGCUAAGUUAAAGAGUGCAUCAUAAGAGUCUGUUUAUAUAAAAACUUAUCGUUAAGCCAGUUUUCUUUGUACUUUGUUUCCAAGCAACAGGGUUUAUGCUGAAUAUAAAACUUUGCAAAAUAAAAUGUACUUACUUACCGAAGAAGGUAGUAGCAGAAUGUACAGAAAUAUGCUUACAUAUCUUGGCAGCUAUUUCUAAGAUAUUUUACCUUGCUUAAGCUUUCUGCUUUCUUUCAAUACUAUUGUACAAAAAAAUGAACAAAAUUUGCUGCGUGUAGACCAAUGAACAUUUUUAAAUGCUUCUCUAUUAAUCACAAAUACAAUUUUGCAGUGAUGAACACCUUGAAAUUUGGUUUUAUAUGAAUCUUACCUUGCCUUCCAAUGUUAUAUGAAAUGUGUGUUUUUUAUACAUGUACUUACAUGUAGAAAUAUUUCCUUGAUAUUGCAGGACCAAACAUACUUUAUUUGACAAAUUUAUUGAUAGACAUUGCCGAACAAGGGCAAUGUAUUAGUGAUUUGUCAUGUUUUUGUAAGUCAUGAGCACAUUGUCUAUUUGUUAAAAGAUUACCAUAAUGGCUAUGUAUGUUAAGUUGAUAAUAAGCAGUAAAAAUUGUUGCUGUUUCAAGAAUUGUCAUAAGAGUGCUAGAACAAGAGAGAUAAUACUGCAGCAUUUCGUUUUGUGGCCGUUUUAGAGAGUUAAAAGUAUGCAAUUCAAUUUUUUUAUACCAUGUUUGUACAAUAUUUAAUGAAUAUUAUAUUAAGAUGAUAGACUUGAAACAGAAAAAUCUAGUUCAAAAUAAUAUAAAUAAUAAACAUUGAUAUUUGCUUGUAGGGUCACAUCAUGAAAAUGAGGAUGAGAUAUUAAUGUUGUUUACAACAAUAACAAACAUCAUUUAGUAUUGCGCUGACUAAAAUGUAUCUGAUAAGCUGUUUUCUAGCUCCUAAUUGUAAAGAUUGAUAUCAAUACAUGCAUUCAUUUUGUAGACUUUUUCACACAAAUUAUUUUUUUUAACAUGUUAAAUAUGCAGUUUUUGUUUUAAUUUGCCUCAGGAUAAUAGAUGAAUUUAAUCAUGUUUAUGUUUAAAUACCAUUUACUUGAAUAUGAAGCUCAAUAAUACAUAUAUCAUGCUUAUGAUCAAUUUGAAGUUGAGUAAACAAUGCCAACAAAUAUUCUGUGCUGCUGUUCUGAUUUUGAGGUAAAUUGAACAAUUACAUGCAUAUUCAUGUUUUGAGAUAUCUUCCAAGAUAUCUUGUUAUCAAAAGCAAGUAUUUAUUAAAAUUGUAUUAAUCAUUUUAUGCUAUAAGUAAUCAACUAUUUAUAUCCUUGUAUGAUUUUAAUGAUAUUAAUGUCAUAACCGUAUUAAGAUGUAGGAAUAGAUAGCUAUUUUAUAUGCCAGAAAUUAUUAUGGAUUUUCCACAUCAAAUCUAUACAAUAUUUUUGUAUUUACACUAGGUCUUUUUUAUUUCAAGUAUCCCCAAUGGUUGCUUUAUUUAAUAACAUGGGAGCUUAUACAGUAUAUGUAACUGUUCUUAAGAAUCGAAUAUUAAUUACUCUGGCAACUGUGUUAGAGUGUACAUGAACAUACAUGAAGAUGAAUUAUAGAGCACAUGUAGGAUAUCUUUGUUGACAGAAAACUAUACUAUUAAUAUGCAAUAUUGAAAUGACUGCUUAGCUUUGUUUUCAAUCAUGAGGAUAAUGUAAACAUUAUUAUUGAAGGAAGUGAAUCAUUGUAAUUUUCAAAUUUACUUGAUUUCUUUUUUUUUAUUUGCAAUAAGCGAAUCACAUUUUGGGAAAUUGAUGUGUAAUCACUUUUGUUGUGAUCAAAAUGCUGCACGGAAUUGAGUAAUUAUGUAAAUAAAACAAUACACGCUUUCUUUUAUCUAUCUAAUUUUAAAAAUCUUAGUCUUUCAAAUACGACAGUUACUUUAACUUUUUAAGUAUAUGAAUUUAAUAAUCAUUUAUUGGGGUAUCAAAGCAAAAAUUGAAACAUUGAAAACUAGUACGUUGUUUUGUAAUUAAUGUUAAUGGGCAUCACAAUUUGUAUUAUGAAAAUGUUUGUGUUGAUUUUUCUAAGAUAGAUUUUGUAUUUUGUUUGCCAUGUUGUGAAUUUGUCAUUCAUGUUCUACAUGGAAUGUUUUCUGUUAACUUCUAGGUUCUGUACUGAGGAUGGAUAAAAGAAAGAGAGUAAUUCUUCAAUCUUAUAAGUGUUUAUAUGAUUCACAAUGGGUGAUUUCAAGUUCAGUGUUGGUGUUGGUGUUGGAUGCACAUUUUGGAUUGUGUUUCCUAGUUCCAAAACCUAUUCUGAGUUAAAACAAAUAUUCCAGAUCACAAUAUUGACAGCUCAACACAUAGUGAGUGACUUUUCAAGACCAUCUUCAUUUUAUGUUUGGUGUUACACUCAUGUAAAAAUUGACUUAAUACCAACACCAAGAGGUCAACACUGAACUUGAAAUCACCCAAUGAUAAACCAAGUCAAAAUAGUCUUGUUUUUUAUGGCUGAAUAUAGUACAGGGUGUUUGUAUAAAAAGGGUUUUCUUAAAAAAGAUAUAACUUCUAUCUGCCCUAGUAAUAGAUGAAGUCAGAGAAUUAAUUCUCAAAACUUAGCACUCAUUGCUUAGGAAUUGGCAUUAAUGAUUUGAGUAAUUGUGUCACAUAUCUAGGCUAUGCUGUAUGUUGAGCUUCAUGAAUAAAGUGAAUGAACCAUGUUUUUUAAUUUUAAAUCACUAUAAUUGUGUAAACUGACACUAAGGGAUGCACAGAUAUUGCAAUAAAAGAUAUAUUUUCUUGCAUUGUAAAAUGGAUUCUUCCUCCAAUCGAUCAUGUGUUAAAUUGUUAAAAUGCCGCUUGUAUUACACAUGUCUGUACAUGAAUAAAUUACUUUUACAAUGAAACAUAA